UUAGGUUGUAAGGAGGUUAAUUUAGAUUUAUGUUUUUGGUUGAUAAAAAACACAAACAUUGCUUAUUCCCAACUCAAGUUAUUUGGGGGUAAGAAGGUUUCUUUGACAUGUCAUGAUGUUGGGAUGACGAUGGGCAUUCCACAUAGUGGAAGAAAGUUAAUUGUUGAGAAGGGAAGUGUUAAAGCUAGUCAAAUGCCGAGUUUGCAAGAUAUAGAGUCAAUGAUGGUCGGCAUCGAUGAUAUGGAGGAAUUUAAGCGGGUCUUCUUGAUUUUCGCUUGUGCAACCUUAUUGGCACCCACAUCUCAUUUGGAAGGUAGUCACUUGUUAUGGUAUACACCCCGAGAGCAGUUACUUGGGAACAUAAAUUGGGGAGAAUAUGUCUUAGAAUUUUUUAUUCAAGCUAUACAUGAACAUAGGAGGAAGGAAAGUGUUUGGAUUAAAGGGUGUUUGAUGUUUCUACAGAUAUUCUACUUUUCAAUAUCUAAUUUUCCAACCAUGUAUAUGGAACUUACCACUCCUCGCAUUGCUGCAUGGAAUGAUUUUUUGGUCAAGCAACGCAUCAAGUUGGAGUUAGAAAUGCUUGGAGGAUUUGGCAAAGUUGAGUUGGUUAGCACAUCGGCGGAGCAAGAUGAAACAGAAAAAAAUAAGGCUCCUGCAGUUGAUGACCCAGUUGACCCAGAUGAGAAUGAAGACUUUGAUGUUAUUUGUGCUCGCAUGGAGGCAACACAACGUCAAAUCACCGAUGCACAAAGUCAUCUUAAUAGUCUUAUUGCAUCAUACAACCGUGACGUGAAAGUGUUGAGGACUCGUUUCACCUCUUCACACUAUCGCACAGAUGAAGGCCAACCGUCAAAUUUUCAUGAACAUGUUAAUGAAAGUGGUGCACCAUUUUAUACAAAUAAUCCACAACAUUCACCUGUUCAUUCUGGUGGUCAAAGAAAAUCUUUUGAAGAUGACCUUGGAUGUACAAAUGAAGGGGUGUCAGAAAGACCCAACGUAGAAGAUGGUGUGUUCUUUUCAAACGAGGAUCCCCUUCACCCUGGGCCACACAAUAUGUUGGUGUUAGUGCAAUCGUGCAUGAACAACAAUGUAGAUGUAGCACCACAAGCCUCAGAAGAAAUACGACCACAAAGAGUAAAAAUGAAAGUACGUCAUCAUAGGCAACGAGCAGCUGCAUGUAAGUCACCUUUUGUACAAUUAUGUGUAUCAAAAUAUAAAAGGUUGACGGAGGAAGAGACACAUGUUGCCGACUAUGUAUUUGACGAGUCAAAUGAUCCUAGGUUAGUCCCAAAUCACACGUUUAGCAAGUAUUGUUCUUAAAAGACUAUGAUUAUGGAUUUGUCUAGAAAACAAAAAAAAUUACUCAUGUCUUGUGUUUCAUGUGAUUAAUAGUGAGAUGCUUUGUGCAUAUGGUGGCUAUGGCGUGACACGGGAACAACUUCAAUGCUUAGUAGGGGAGAGCUUCAUUGAUAUUCCGGUGAUUUCCAUGUUUUGCCGAUACAUGAAUGCAAAAGAAGAGAAUCCUUCUCGCAGACACUUUUUUAAUCCAUACUUUGGGGAAAUAUGUGGUUCAAUGAGCAAGUCUACCUCAAAAUCAACACUCAAGAAAAGAUUAGGUAGCUAUUGUGUUAAUCUUGAAUGUUGCAACCAGGCAAUGCUUGACUAUUGUAUUGAUUACAUAGAUUGAUGACAAUUUUUUAAUAAUUUCGAAUUUAUAUUUCAAAUAUUUAAGCCUUCAUUGUUGUUAUGAUGAUUGUCUGUUUUGUAGUUUUAUAUCCCCUUAUUCCAAUUUAAUGAAUGGGUCAUCAUGGUAAUCAAUUUGGAGGCUAAAAGGGUGGAUCUACUUUCAUCAUAUAAUAGCAUUCAACGUGUUCACUUUGUUAAUGAAGCUUUCAAAGUAGUUGGAUUUAUGUCGCAGUUAUUAAAAAAUUCCUUCAAAUGGAAUGAUGUGAAUAUAAAUAAUUUACAUCCACAGUAUGCAGAUAUUGUUGGCGAUCCAAAAUUAUGUCAUACUGGGAUGUAUGCUAUUCUCUAUAUGCAACAUUGGGAUGGAAGUGGUCUUAAUAGAACCAUUAAUUCUGUAAGUUGUUAAAUAUGAUGUUAUGUUUUUAUUUUCAAAUGUACAUGUUAAAUGUUACCGGGAUGUAGGGUCUAACAUAAGUUU